AUGAAGGCCCAAGCAGACAAGAAGCGUCGGUCUCCUCCUGUCCUGGUUCCCGGGGACAGAGUUUGGCUUUCCUCGAGGUACAUCCACUUCAGGGUCCCUAGUUAUAAGCUAGGUCCUCGCUACUUGGGACCCUACAGAGUCAAGAAGAGGAUCAAUCCAGUGUGCUACCAGCUCCACCUCCCUUCCUCUCUUAGAAUCCCUAACUGUUUUCAUGUCUCCCUCCUCAAGCCUGCAGUGUUCAAUCGCUUCUCCCCCAAGAAUCUUCCUCCCACACCUGUAUACGGUACCUCGGAUGUCUUCUCCGUUCGGGAGAUUUUUGCCUCUAAGUUGAAGGCCAUGUAUAAAGUGACACAGAGGAAUGAAUCACAGGAUGUACAAUUCACAAUCCUAUGUUUUUCUGACCUUCCUCAACUUCAAAUGCCUCUAUUCAUAUUGUUUUUAGUUAUCUACGUCAACAUAAUCUUUGGAAACACUGCAGUUUUCUUUGCCAUUAUCUUUGACCCUCAUCUGCACACCCCUAUGUAUAUAUUUUUGGGUAAUCUCUCAGUUCUGGACAUUUCUUAUACGUCAACCACUCUUCCCAAGCUUCUUUUUAUGCUUUCUACUCAACACAAGAUCAUGUCACUAGUUGGUUGUAUAACACAGAUGUACUUUUUCCUUUGCUUUGCUUGCAUGGAAAUGAUUCUUCUUGCGGUUAUGGCCUAUGACCGCUAUAUGGCAAUCUGCCAUCCACUCCAUUAUACCAUAUUCAUGAGCCUUAGAAACUGUCUUGUUGUACUUUUCUUAGUAUGGAUUGCUGCAUUAUUGGAACCGGUUUUAUUUGCAAUUAUGGUCGCUAACCUUUCUUUUUGUUCGUCAAAACAAAUUGAUCAUUUUUUUUGUGAUGCCUCUCCCUUGCUAAAGCUUUCCUGUAGCAAUACCUUUCAUAUCAAUAGGAUAACUUAUAUUUUGGGAGCACUGGUUGGUAUGUGCACAUUUUUCCCAACUUUAGUCUCUUAUGUUUAUAUUGUGUUUAAUAUCAUUAAUAUUCACUCUUCAGGGAACAGACAUAAAACAUUCUCGACCUGUGCUUCCCACCUUACCAGUGUAAUUGUAUUUUAUUGCACUACUCUGUCUUUGUAUAUGAGACCCACAUCGAUGUAUUCUCCUAAACAUGACAAGUUUUAUUCUCUUGUGUAUAUCAUACUGAUACCUCUGCUUAAUCCCGUAAUAUAUACUCUAAAAAAUAAGCAAUUUAAAGAUGCUUUCAAAAAACUAAUACAUGUUUUCUGUUCUUUACAGAACAAGUAG